AUCAUCUCACCUAACUCCUCCUCCUCCUCCCUGAGGGUAGAAUUCAGGGCCACGAGGCAAUUCCACUCCAAGAAGAGCUUACGUCUGGAGGUGUCAGAUGUGGAGAAGAUUCCUCGGCGUCGUACAGACUGAAAACAUACAGGUCACAGCUGAAGCCUAUGAUCCAGCUCUGAACAUUUUACCAGCAGAUGGCUGUCUGGACUUUGGAACCAUCAGAGUCUUUGAAGAGACCAAACUGUCUCUCAAGCUGACAAACCCAGGAAAAUAUGCAACACCCUAUAAGUUUACACUUGAGCGGACAGACCCAGCUCAGCCAGACCUAGAGUCCAUUUUCACUGCCCCCCCCCCAGUGUGGAACUCUAAUGCCCAAUGACAAGUACACAACAGUGCAGAUCAUCUGCAGACCCAAUACAGAAGUCCUAAUUACAGAGCAGCCUAUCCUGUCUUGCCAGGUGAUUGAUCCCACCCUUGAGAAGGGAGAGGAAACCAUAGGUAGCAUCUGUGUCUCAAUCCAGUCUGUCUUCUCCAGGUACAAGAUCAUACCUGCUUAUGACAUCAACUUUGGUCCACUGGUCUAUGGCUGCAAGACAAGCCACAGCUUCACUAUUGAGAACACUGGAGUUCUCGAGACUCGUUUCACGGUCGGCAUGAUCACAGACUCCACUCUACUAGGGAGGCCAGGGGGUCCAGGUAAGAAGAUAUCUCGAGAGGACCAUUCAGCAAGGCUCACUGGUGCCAGUGGGAAAGUGAGACGCGAGUCGAUCCACAGAGACUUUAUUAUACCGAAUCGCCUCACCAUAGGGGUCUUCACAGUGUCUCCCUGCACAGGGAUCCUGCAGCCAGGGUCUCAGCAGGUAGUGACAGUGGACUGUUCAGCUGAACAGUUAGGAAGCUGGAGCCAGAGUUUGCUCAUUGGCAUCAGUGACCGUGACCCCUUAGACCACCCUGAAGGCAUACCGUACAGAUUGCUGGCUGAAGUCUGUAGGCUAGGUAUAGCAUUAGAAAUGGCCUCCAUCUUUGAAGAGCACCAUCUGUGCCACAACAGCAGACAGCUGUCCUCUGAGCAGUUUUGCAAUGCUGAAAGCAUUUACAUCCUUGAUGAGAAUAAGUUUAUUUUCAACAAAGUUCUGGUCGGGGAAACUGCUAAAGCUCGCUUAAAGCUCACCAACAACACCAAGGUGCCCUGUGAGCUCAGCCUGGCCAUCAAACACAGUGGUGCUAAGACGUCUCGUAAUGUGGAAGUUUUUGAUUUGCAUCCUUCAACAUUGAGCAUACCCAGCCUGUCACACUCAUUUGCUGUGGUCACCUUCACACCACAGACAAUGCAGCUAUACAGUGCAGCCUUUGAAGCCACAAUAGAGGGAUCCAGCAGAAUGACACCCACAUUAAAGAGCAAGGUGCUGGAGUUCGACCUAAUGGGAGAGGGCAAUCUGCCCAGUGUGUUUGUGGUGCGUCCGGCUUUGAGGAACAGCAGAGGAAACCCACUGCUGCAGUUCAGACGAGCAUUGGUAGGGCGGCGACGCAGCCUGCCCCUGGUGCUGCUGAAUGAUGGGAAUGUUCCAGCACAGGUCCAGAUUAAUAUGCCAGAUAAACAUGGCGUGUUCACCCUCAAAACAGCAGCAUCCACGUCAAGCUCCAUCUACUCCACACUACUUGAAGACACCACUGACUCAGACCUUCAGCCAGGGCACAGAGCUGUCUUUAGGUUGAAUGUUAAUGAACAGGUGGAGUUUGAAGUCAUUUUUUGCUCUGACAAGCCUCUGAAUGUCAAGGUAAAGAUGUCGCUGCAGGUGGAGCACAACCAGUACAGUAAUACUAUAAUACAGGUGACUGGAGAGGCUUACCAGGAAAUCGUCUCCAUUGAGAACAUCAGCAGGUCACUGCAGGAAAUGGAUCAGGAAGAUGAAGAGAGAGGUAACUAUGAAGUCCUGGAUUUUGGUCACUGCCAUGUGGGUUUUCCCUACCAAGAGAAUUUCACCAUGAUCAACCACAGUAGCAGCCAGGUGGUCAGGUUUGAGUGGCCUCCCGCCAGACCCCAUGUCUUCUUUUCACCACAGGUGGGGCACCUUCAUGCUGGCUGCUCUAAGGAAGUGACUAUCACCUUCAGCUCCAAUCAGCCAUUGACUUUGAACAACCAGCCAAUCAGAUGUAAGGUUUGUCAGGUGGUGUUCCAGGAGCCACUAGACCAGGUGGCUGACUGGGACGAUCGACAGAGGACAGUGCAGUGGCCGAGUGCCUCGCAGCAGUCUUUAGAAACACAAACACAGAAACCUGUCAAAAAUAAGGUGAUAAAGAUAGAUCCUGAACCCUGCUGUUCUGUGGUUGAGGGGUCACUGUGGGAGUUGGAAUUGCGUAUCAGUGCAGUUUGUGGCUAUGUGAAGUUCAGCUGCAACACCAACAACAUUCACUUCAAAGACACCAUGCUAUACCAAACCAGACUCCAUGAACUGCAGGUUCAGAAUCAAGGCAGUGUCAACCUGGAAUUCUCCUGGCAAGUCCUCAUGGAUCCCAGCAGUGGCGGCAUCAACAAUGACACAGGAGAUGGGAUGUUCCCCUCCCGUCCUGCUAGCCGGUCAACGGGAACAUCGACUGGAGCCCGUCCUGCCAGCGGGUCAACAGGAACAUCGACUGGAGCCCGUCCUGCCAACCAGUCAACAGGAACAUCAACUGGAGCCCGUCCUGCCAGUGCUCUGACCAGUGUGUUGUCUCUUCUGAUGGGGAACCCUGAGCUGCCACCCUUCAAUAUUGAGCCCACCACAGGGGUCAUAGAGCCUGGUUCCACGCAGAAGUUCAGUGUUUGCUUUUCACCUUUGGAGGUGGCCCAGUUUCAGGGCAGGCUGUUAUGCAGUAUCACCAACAUGCAGGAUGGGGAUCAGGCUCCCUGUAUUUCGGUGUGUGGCCGCAGCCUGCUUCCCCACUGCCACUUUGACCUUGAGGACUCGGAUUACAUCAGCGGAAGCCGCCGCAACCCUCAGUUGAGGGGCCCUCUUGACCCUAACACCAGGGUCAUAGAGUUCAACGCUGUUGGCCUCUCUGUGUCAUUGAAAAGAUGUUUUAAUGUGUUGAACCCAACCAGUAAAUCCUAUUCAUUCAAAUGGGAGUGUGAAGACACAGGUAGCAGCCCGUUGCACUGUCUAACACCAUGUGGUACUAUCCUGCCUGGGAAGAAAGUGGAGAUGUGGUUUGAAUAUGUAACUGAGCAGCUGGGCGUGGUGGAGUCAUUCUGGAGAUUUGUGGUUGAGACUCUGUCGCUGUCUGUUCCCUUCCUCUGUGUGGGAAACACUAGAGAGCCACGUGUCUAUUUCAGCAGACCUCAUCUCAACUUGGGAGACCUGCUUGUUGGUCGUAAAGUGGCGCAGACAGUUGAUCUAGUGAAUGGAGAGUCUGAGCCAUUCCGCUUCUCGGUCUUGCCGUCAUCUCUUGUUGGUGAGGACCAACAGUCCAGCCUCAUUUUGCAGCCCCUGACUGGCACAGUGGCACCUAAAGACAGGUUGCCAUUGUCAGUAUCCUUCACACCUUGCCGUGAGGGCUAUGUGCACUUCAGAGUAGUUGUGAGAGUGAAAGGGAAGUCAGAUCUACUCACACUCACCGUCAAGGCCGACUGUAUGAGUAUGAGCACUUUGGUUCAUGUUGAGAAUCCAGAUGGAGUCAUCAGAGAGAUCAGCCCUAACCAUCAAGACACUCUGGACUUUGGGAUGGUGGGUAUUUCAGAGCAAUCCACCUUUAUUUUGCUGGUGUCCAAUCUGGCAAGAUUCAGCCUGGAAGUGACCUUUGAUGUAACAGGUCCCAGUAAGCUGCUGAAACACUUGGACGCAAAACCCCAAAAUGCUGUUGUUGAGGUUGGGAAGCAGUUGCGAUGGUCACUCUCUUUUUAUCCCCGGAGCAAUUGCAACCUGCAGGAUGUCAGACUGAAUAUCAAGGUAAAGUGCGGGCCAAAGUUUACCUUUGCCAUUAAAGGCAGGGCUGUAGCACCUAGCCUUGAAUUCUCCUUUACUAAGUUCAACUUUGGUGAGCACUUCCUGCACUGUCCUGGCAUGGUGCCACCCUCCCAGACUCUAGUGAUCAGCAACAAAGGUGAACAAGACACCAGUGUCCAGUGCCAGUUCAGGAGCACCUCUUACUUGGAGGUGGAAUUCCAACCAGACAUUUUGUCUGCUGGUGCUGUCAUGAAGGUACCGAUCACCUUCUAUCCUCGUGAGGCAUGUCGAUACCAUGAAAAACUCAACUUCAUCUUAAACAGUAGUGUCACCAAACAGGUGGACAUACUGGGGCAAGGAAUUGAGAUGAAGUUGGAACUGGAGGAUCCCAAGCAGAGUAAGGUUAAACUUGGAUCUCUGAUGUUGGGUCAGAAGGUGAAAAAACAGGUGGUUCUUGUCAACCGCUGCUCUUUAGACAUUUCCUUUACCCUGCGGCUCAACACAAGCAUACCACUGGACCCAAAGGAUCUGACAUUCAGUCCAUCACGUAAGCAGAACCUGAAAGCCAGGGGCGGUUCUUGCGUUGUUGAGAUCCAGUUCUCACCUCAUCAGCACAUGCCACCCUUCACAGCUGAGCUACAGGCAGAGUCUGCAGGCCUGUUACACCCCCUGCUGACCAUCCAAGGCUGCUGCCAGGGUGUGGAAGUCCUGCUGGACCAGGACCACCUGGCUUUUGGAGCUGUGGUUCAGCGCUGCCAGGCCAGGAAAAAGAUUGUCAUGAUGAACACUGGAGACAUUGGUGCUAGGUUCCACUGGAAAACAGAGGAUUUUCCUCUGGAGUUGUCCAUCUCUCCAGCUCAAGGCUACAUCUGUCCAGGCAUGGAGAUUACUUUUGAAGUGGCCUUUGCCCCCAAGAAACUGAGCAGUGACACAAGAUAUAAGAAUCUGUCUUGCUUAGUCGAGGGCUCCUCCUCACCCAUCACCCUCACUGUGACAGGCUCCUGCAUUGCAGCUUCUACCAGCAAAGAGGUGGUGAAUUUUGUAUGCCCAGUGCGGGACUCUCACACCCAGUCCCUGUCCGUGAUCAAUCCCACAAGCCAGCAGUGCAGCAUCAGACCUCUCAUUGAGGGUGAGCACUGGAGUGCUGCACUCUCCGUGACCCUUGAACCACACCAAAACAAGACAUAUGAGAUCACCUACCGACCGCUGACCAUGACCACUGAAGGAAAGAAACACCUGGGAUCCAUCUUUUUCUCCUUCCCUGAUGGGACAGGCAUGCUGUACUCCCUGCAGGGAUCUGCUGGUCCUCCCAAGGCAGAGGGCGCCAUUGUGCAUGAACUGCCUGCCAAGACUCAGCACAUGGCACUGCUCCCUGUGUGCAACUGGCUCUUCCGGCAACAGCGGUUCCGUGUGCUGUUAGAGAUCCUGAAGCCUGACAAACAAGAUGCUACAGUGUCCCUCAAAGGUCUAGAGUACAUUGAUGUCCCUGCUCAGGCCAAGAGAGACUACAAGAUGACUUUUUUUACAUAUAGGGAGGGGCAGUACAACACUAAGGUGACAUUUCAAAACGAGGUGACAGGUGAAUACUUGUUCUACCUCAUGACCUUCAAGGCCACAUCGUCAGGAGUCCUGUCCACCACUGAGCUGGUUACCACUGUCCGCCGGAUGGUCUCAACCACUGUACAGGUGGAGAACCCCCUUACCACAGCUACCUGCCUCAUCACUGAAUGUAAAUGUGCUGACAUCAGUGCCCCACCUCAGCACACUGUGCCGGGGCAGUCCAAGGGUUCUUUGAACAUUGAGUACCAGCCUCUGCUUGCAGGCAAGUCUACAGCCCGCCUGACUUUGUUCAGUAAUGAGCUGGGCCACUUCCACUACGAACUGCUUCUUCGAGCUCUGUCCCCACCACCAGAGAGAACGGUCCACUUCAACACAUCGCUGGGCAGCAGCCACUUGGCUCUUGUUAAGUUCAUCAACUACUCCCGCGUCAAAACAGAAUACUUGUGCAAGACUGAUUGCCUGGACUUCACGGUGGACAAAAGUGUUAGUGCUUCACCAGGCUUCCAAGCAGGGUCAGAGGCCAGUGUGGAGGUUUGUUUUGAGCCUCAUCAACUGGGGGAAGUGAGAGGCCAGCUCAGCCUGUCCUCAGCAAUUGGUGGUGAAUAUAUCUUUCCAUUACAUGGAAUAUGCCAGCCUCCCAAAGCCCAGGGCCCGUUUAGUAUCAGGGCUGGUCGCAACAUCACAAUCCCCUUUAAGAACGUGUUCCUGCAGACCACUGCUUUCUCCUUUCAGGUGGACAACCCCUGUUUUACUAUCAAAGGGGUGGACACCAUCCUCUCCAAAAAGACACAAAACAUCCUGGUGUCAUUUGAGGCCCCUGCAGGAGGCUCUCCAGGGCCGUGGUUUGGCAAGUUGAUCAUCUCCAGCCAGCGCUCUGAAGGCCACCCCAAGCCCUGCUCAUGGGUCUAUUACCUGAAGGGGGUCCGCUUUGAGUCGUCUUAGAAAGAGACAUGUACACUAACAAAAGGAUGCACACACAGAUGUCAGAAUGAAUGCAAAUAGGCCACCCCGUGGACUCAGUUCUUUACUGUGUAUGUUUUGUGAAGCUUCAUGUGUUGUCAUUUAGUCAGUGUCUGAACAAUGUUAAUGCCAAAAAUUUCACUGUGUGUAUUUAUGUGGUUUAAAUAAUUAGUGCCUUCAUGAAUUAAUAAUUUGAAUAAAUCCUGCAGAGAAAACCUG